UGCGCCCUGUUUCUCGGAAAGCUGGGGAGCUCGAGCUUUCUCUUCCUUUCCUCACCGAUCAGCCAUGGCCGCCCCAACCACAGCCGCCAUCACUGAGGCUCUCCUUGAGCUGGACAGCAAGUCCGACCUCAAAGGUACCCUUGCACAGAUCGCCAUCAGUGGCUCCCGGGAGAUCGAGGUUGCCGGUAAGAAGGCCGUGGUUGUUUUCGUGCCAGUCCCACAAUGGAGAACUCUCCAGCGUGUCCAUACCAGACUUGUGCGUGAGCUUGAGAAGAAAUUCAGUCGCCACGUUGUCUUCCUGGCUCAGAGGAGAAUCCUGUCCAAGCCUACCCGUCGCUCUCGCCAAAAGCAGCUCCGUCCCCGCAGUCGUACUCUGACUCACGUCCACGACAGCAUCUUGGAGGAUCUCGUCUAUCCGGCUGAGGUUGUGGGCCGACGCACCCGUGUCAAGCUUGAUGGCAGCAACUUGAUCAAAGUGCACUUGGACAAGUCUCAACAGACCAACGUAGAGCACAAGCUCGAUACUUUCAUCACCGUCUACAAGAGGCUGACAGGAAAGGAUGUCACAUUUGAAUUCCCCACCCAGGAAUAGAUGUGUAAUUUUUGAAUUUAAAAAUACUAAAAACAGA